ACACCAAGCACAAGCCGAGACAGGUAUCGUUAGAUAUGGCCACAGUUGUUUUGAAGAGAACAGGGCAGAAGAUGCCAUUGAUCGGGUUUGGGCUCUGGAAGGUCACGAAGAGUGACUGCGCAGAUACCGUCUACAAUGCGAUCAAGGCCGGCUAUCGCCUUCUCGACGGCGCUGGUGACUAUGGAAAUGAGGUAGAAGCUGGGGAAGGUGUACGCAGGGCGCUGAAAGACGGGAUUGUUAAACGUGAAGAACUUUUCAUUACCUCAAAGCUCUGGGUCACCUUCCACGCCUACGAACACGCCAAAGCCUCAGCGAAGAGGCAGCUUGGGUUGUGGGGUAUCGAUUACUUCGACCUUUACUUGGUUCACUUCCCCAUUUGCUUGAAAUACGUCGACCCGGAACACCGAUACCCGCCGGGGUGGUUUGGUGACGAUGGAAAGGCUCAUCUGCAGAACACACCUUUUUCGGAGACCUGGAAGGCCAUGGAGGAGCUGGUUGACGAGGGGAAGACAAAGAAUAUCGGCGUCAGUAACAUGGGAGGAAGCCUGCUUCUAGACCUACUGCGCUAUGCUCGCUACGAGCCUCAAGUGCUCCAGAUAGAGCUGCACCCGUAUCUGACCCAGGAUGCGAUGGUCAAGCUGGCCAAGCAGCUUGGCAUAGCAAUUACGGGGUACUCCUCGUUCGGUCCGCAGAGUUAUGUCGAGUUGGGAAUAGACAAGGGACACAAGAGUCUGAUGGAGCAGGAUUAUGUGGUGAAGGCAGCGCGGGCACACAACACAAGCCCGGCACAAAUCCUGCUCCGAUGGGCCACGCAGAGGGGGAUUGCGGUAAUCCCAAAGAGCAAUUCUUUGGAGCGUAUCGUGCAUAACUUGGGUAGCAACGACUUUAACUUGACUGAUGAGGAAUUGAAGGAAAUUACUUCGUUGAACAUUGACCUGAGGUUGAAUGACCCGGCCGAGAUCGACCCUCGCCUUGCUAUUUUUGCGUAGAUCAGCGGGAGAACGACCUUUUGUACUCGGCGAAAGACGAGUGCGAGUGCCGUGUACGCGCGUCCAGCCAGGGGGCACAGUAAUAUUGUGUAUGCAGAACGUUAGCGGAACCGAGGACGUGGCUGUGUAUUUGGGGACGUGGAGGCGCAGUGAUCGGAGUUUAAAAUCGUGGGGGUAUAUAGAGAUGAGCUCAGAGUGUACCUUCUUUCGUUACCUACCAGACAUCAUGU